CGUCGGGGCCUGGAUCCCACAUUCCGCACAUCGCCCUGCAUGGCACAAACAGACAGAUGCAAACGGCAAAAGCGAAUCUUCUUCAGAAGCUUUGAAUGAUAGAUAUUAUCACGCUCACCCCCUUGCUUUGGUCUCGAUGCUGUUGUUGUUGUAAGCUCUGAGUCUUCGUUGUUGUGUAGCUUGUGUAGCAGAUUCAAGCUCCUUUGUACCCUUUUUCCUGGCUAUGGCGUCCUCCAUUGGCUCUCUCGCCAAGUGUGUCAGUCCCGUACUGGUAGAAGGAAAUGUGGGUACAGCGUGGUCGGCGUCGGUGUCCUCCAGCUUCGCCCUCGGAGCUCCCAAGGCGAAAUCCGUGAAGCUGGUAAGUGGCGGCACUGCAUUCAAGGUGCAAGCGGCUGCUGCUGCUGGGUCUGGUGGGUCUGAUUCCCAGGAGGCUGUUCGGCAAUUCGCUCUUCGUGGGUUCCAAACCAAGCGGGCUCUCAAGGUGAUAGCGGGGCUCCAGAACUUCGAUGCCCAAAUAGUUGCAGCUGUAGUCACUGCUGCAGAAAAGGGUGGAGCAACACAUGUUGAUAUUGCUUGUGACCCAGAGCUUGUAAAGCUUGCAACAAGCCUAACUAGUCUCCCGGUGUGCGUUUCAUCAGUUGUUCCUGAGGACUUUGUUGCUGCAGUCGAAGCAGGAGCACACAUGAUCGAACUAGGAAACUACGAUUCUUUCUACGAGAGUGGUCGUGUCUUCGCCGCUUCUGAGAUCUUGGAGCUUACCAAGAGAACAAGGGAGUUGUUACCAGCAAUCACUCUCUCUGUCACCAUCCCUCACACUUUGCCUCUCGACGAGCAAGUGAACCUUGCUGAGAAACUGGAAAAAUUGGGUGCUGAUAUCAUCCAAACUGAAGGUGGUACAAGCUCGGCACCCACCAGCCCUGGAAUCCAAGGGCUCAUUGAAAAGGCCUCUCCCACUUUGGCUGCGGCAUAUGCUAUUUCCAGGGCAGUCAAUAUCCCUGUUAUGUGCGCAUCGGGGAUCAGUGCUGUGACUGCCCCUAUGGCUUGUGGAGCUGGUGCUGCUGGCGUGGGCGUUGGAUCUGCAGUGAACAAGUUGAACGACCAAAUUGGAAUGGUAGCUGCUGUUCGGAGCAUUGCUGAAUCCCUUGGCUUGGAGGCUUCGAAGACCUCCGCAACAUCCUCGUCUGCAGUGGCUCAAUAGAAUGUUCCAAUCAGAGAAAUUGCAGUUGAUGUGCAAUCCUGGCCAGCAGCUUCCAAUUGAUGUGCCAGUGAGUAGGUGCUAAUGAGAAUGGGCCAUCGCUAUAAACAACAAAAGAAAAGUAUGUGACUAAGUUGCUCCUUGUAUACGCUGUAAAUCAGUGCCUUAGUGUUUGGACUUAAAAGUUCGACUUCUUAAUGGUUAAGAUGGUGUACAUUCUGGAUUUCCAUACAUCCAGAUCUCACUGCAACAACACAAUUAAUAUUGGUGACCCAUUGAUGUAAAUGACUGGUUGGUCGGCUUUAAGCUGUGAGAGAAAAGACUGUCUAGUUCGUUGCA